AUGCGCGGUGCUGGUCGUCAUGAAGUAGGGGAUGACCUAGACUUUGGCUUUGUGAUUCCCAUCGCCACAGAACCAGAGCCAGAAGAGACAAUCGAGGAAGAGCUCCCAGAUGCUUCACCACUACCGCCACCUCCAAUUACCAGCCGACCAACUCCAAACACAUCCGCCAAGCGAAUACACCUCGACCGCGAUGGCGUUGCUCAAUCCUCCCCGUCUAUGGGCCCCAGCCCCUCUCGCCGAUCUGUAUACAACAUACCCGACGGCACCAGUACCGAAAGAUCAGCCUCACUGCCACCACGUUCCCCAGCGUCUGUUCGAGCUCAGGGCUCUUCUCUUCGCCAUAUGAUCCGCCCCCCAGCUUCGGAUGAAGUUGAAGAGGCUGAAAAUGAGGAGGACCACGAUGUGACUAUGCACGACUCGCAGCCCGAGCCAGAGGCCGUAGAGGAGGAUGUCGACAUGGAAGAUGCCCCUCCAGCACCAUACCCACGAUCCGUUCAAAGAACCGCACAAAAGCAACGAGGUCCGCUCUCCUCUGUCAUUGCGGCGACAAAGCGGAUUACUAUCCACACUUCACCCGAGGAGCCAACGCCAACAGUGGAGGAGGUAGUCAUGGAAAGCCCGGCUGAUGCACCUGGCAGUGGGAAGCGGCAAAGGACUAUCUUGCUCGAUCAGAAUAGCCCAGUCGUGGGGUCGAGUACGUUAUUGCACAAGGUUUUGGAGGAUCUAGAUGAGACUACUCAGCAAAACCCUGGAGGUAUUCCGGCAAGUUCUUCACCAGUAGAAAGGAGGGUCAGAACGAGGAUACGAAAGAGCGCAGAGAUGAGGAAGAUGUCGGAGAGUAUGAGUAUGAGAGGGAGUACAAUGUCCGUGGCGUCUCCUACGUCUUCGAGGGGCAAGAGGAGGGGUCCAAUGUUGAGGUCGAGCAGUGUUGUUGAAGGUGAGGAGAAUGCAGCAGAGGAUGUGGAUGUCCCGGAUGCCGUUGAGGAAGAGGAGCCAGAGGAGGAGGAGGAGGAGGAGGAGGAGGAGGAGGAGGAGGGAGAAAGGGAGCCCGAGGCGGAGGAGUCAGCUGUGCUUGGGGCAGAUAAUGAUGAUGUGGCCGAUGCGCCAGAACCACAGCCGGAACUACCGGAGCCAAAACCAGAGGCCGUAGAGGAACCAGAGGAGAAAGAGGCUGAAGAGAUUGGUGUGCAAGAGGCUACUAAACGAAUAGGGAGGAAGCGGCCUACUCGCCGAACCGCCCCUGCUCCUUCACCAGAGCUAGGCUCAGACCAACCACCAAUGCCGGUGGCAGAAUCACCAGCACUGAGAAAACGGCGAAGGAGGGAGGCGGUGGCCAGUCCAGCACAGCAACAGCAGCCUGUCAAGAAGGUACGGACAGGCAAACAACCACUUAAACCACAGCUUCCACAACACUCAUCGCCAGCACAACCUUCACCAGCGCAGCCCUCACCAACGCAGCCCUCACCAGCGCAACCCUCACCACGACAACCCUCCCCGCGACCACCAACACGCCGAUCACAGUCCAAAGUUCAAGAGAAGUCCAAGCCAAAACCAAAACAACAGGCCAAAAAGCCACCAGCAAAGAGGAAACCAAGAACCAACUCCGACGAUGCGGAGGGAAAAGACUCUGGAGAUAAAGUCUCCGGCUCCGUCCCCAUCACAGUCCAACGGUUCAGCAAGCCCCACAUUGACCCUGAAACCGAAGCUGACAACCUCGACGAUGACGAAAUUCAAUUUUCUCACCGCGGUCCGGGCGUCCAUAUUCUCGACGUGCUGUCCAAACUCUGCGACGAAAUGGCCGAGAAUUACAUGGGGAAACUCCGCGCAGCAGAGGAAGCGGCGGAGGAUGCCGCCACAAGAAGGGAGAAGAAGGUGAUGCUGAGAGCCUUGGAAGCCUUUCAUAGGGAGUUGAUGACCAAGCUUUUGGAUCACACUAUUGCCCUCGAUCAGCUUCAUGGCUUGCGCAAAAGGGUCAAGGCGGCGCAGAAGGAGAAGAUUGCGAUGAGGGAUGAGAUCAUGCGGGUUAGGGCGGAGAGGGAGCAGGUCGCGUUGAGGAUGGAUGCGAUCAGGAUGAAGCAUGAGGUGGAGAGCAGGGAGGCGUUGCGACACAUCUCUCUCUCGUCGGCCAUGCAUGAUAUUGAUCUUGCGGUGGAAAAGGCGCAAGCAGCACCAGAGCUGUCUGCCGCUGAGCAAAAGACGGCUGAUCUCGCCAAUCUUGAACUACUGGUCAGCCGAGUAGCUGAUCAAGCCAGCUCGAAGAGCGAUGGUGGGGGCACGUUGAAGCAAAUCAAAGAGUUCAAUGCCUUUUUAGAAAGAGCGGCUGCGGCGAUGGAGAAAAGGAGGUAG